AUGUUUGGAGGUAUUAGUAGUGAAAUGCCACCAUACGAUGUUAUUGCUAAGAAAGAUGGCUAUGAAAUUCGUCGAUAUUAUAAACAAUAUUUAGCACAAAGUCAUUAUGAAGUUCCAACGAAAACGGAUUUUUCAUCAAAUACGGGAACUGGAUUUUUUCCAUUGUUUAAAUUUAUAUCUGGAAAUAAUGAUACACAAACAAAAAUCUCAAUGACAGCUCCAGUUAUAAUGCAAGAAACUGAAUGUGAUGGUAGCACAAAACGUACCAUGUCAUUUAUUAUGUCUCCUACAAAAUUUAAUUCAUUAGAUCAACUACCAAAACCUAAUGAUAAAAAUAUUCAAAUUGUCGAACAAGAUAAUUCAUGUGAUAUGGCUUGUAUUACAUUUAAUAUGUCAAUGACAACAGAGAGAAAUACAGCAAAAGAAAAAGAACUUCGAGAAGCUGCUCAUCGAGAUGGAAUUCAAUUAUCAUCAAAUAAAAAUGAUGUUUGCUAUUUUGGUUAUAAUCCUCCAUAUACAAUUCCACAUUUUAGACGAAAUGAAAUUUGUAUUCCAAUAAUUAGUCAACAAUAA